AUGUCCAUAGUGGGCAUUGACGUUAUAGAGCAAAUACUCAUGACAGACCCAUGGGUCUGUGGUGAAUGCGGUAACUCCAAUGAACCGCUGUGCCCACACUUCGGCAAGCCUCACCGACGCCGCCUCGUACUCAUUGCUCAGGAGAUUUUGCAGUGGGUCGGUCGGAAGGUGGGUAGGAUGUGUAAAAGAUCGGCACCUUUACGAGAGCGUGUUGAUGGCGAUGUCAAGAUGCACACCGAGAGACGUGUUGUGAUGAAACCACACUUGCUUCUUCUUGCUUUUUAUCUCGCGCGGCUUGACACCGGAGAGGUUCCUGAGGCACUUGUCCAGUGCGCCCAGCACGUGUUGGACAUGCUUCGACAGCUUCAGACUUAUGGGAAACGUCUGGAAUCCCAAAUGAAUGAGAGCUACUCGAAAAACUUGCUCAAAUCAUUCUCGAACGCGUGGCUUCAAUACAUAAAACUAGCUGAACACGAAGUGCCAAAGUUCAACUCACUGGAGCGGCGUGUCUUUUCGAAUAGACUCUUCGAUGGGACAAAGAGCGCGCUCUUGGCGGCCGCGCGCGAGCGUGCUAAGAGCGCACUGAAUGAAAGAGCGGAUCUCACUGCGUUUAUGGAUCUCCUCUAUCAACGUAUCGAGCGUGUCGCCUCGCAGGAACAGCUUCGAGAGGUGCAAGUUGAGUUGAGUCAAAUUGAAGCAUCGGUUUCACCUCCAAAUUCUGGUUUGAUUUCGGAGCAGGCGGGGGUGGAGACAACGCCAAAGAUUCAAUACCUGAAUCCUCCAUUCAUUUCGGACGUGAAUACGAGUGGAUCUGAAAUGGAAAUGGAGAAGCCACCUUCAUCGCCACCGCAUACGGCAUCUACCGUGAUGAUGGGGCCAGAGUUGCCGCCUUACUGGUACGUGGAUGAGACAGGCCGGUCUCGGCCCCAGCCCGGUUUCGAGGAGAGACGUCGAAGGGAGCUUUUUUUGAAUUAUGAAUUUAAGGCGCGAAAGGCAUUCGAAGCCGUUCUUAAUUACAAGCCACCUAAGACAACAGAAGAGCGCCUGCGUGAGGCUGUGUCACUUAACAUUGACGAGACCCAGUUGGCUGAGUUGGAGCGCCAGCUUAACCAGCCCACGCCUGUGGUGAAUAUGAUUCCACAACUACUUCACUUGGUACAAGAGAAUUUGUUGCAAGCAGUGCCAGCCCGGUUACGGUAUCGUCUGGAACAGCAGUUCCGCGAUGCCCUAGACUGGAGCUGGAUUAUCAAACGGACUACGCGAAACCAACACGCAAUGUCUCGUAUCGUCCAAUUCAUUAUUAACCACGUGGCUGCGUACGGGGCACCCGCACGAGAAGAGGAGCUUAAAGCCGAGUGCCAGAAAGUAUGCCAGAAUUUGGACCAUCAGCACCCAGACUUGGGUACUGCGGUCUCGGAGGCAUUCCGAUUUCUUUUCCGAUCUGUGCAUACGCUUUGUCGGGAUGUGGAGGAGUGUAGGUUGGGGAUCAUCGCCGGCGAGCUCCGAAAUAACGCCGUCACGUAUAUUCGUGCCUUUAUAGAGGAGUGGCUUCCCGCCCCUCGCCACUGGUACAGCUCCAUCACGUUUUUACAAAAGUUUAUAAAUUCGCAGCCGGUGAAAGACUGGGCCGUGUCUCAAGCGGCCUGCUCAUCCACCAGUCUCACAGGCGAGGAACGCCGACUGCGUGGAGCCUUGCGUUUCGGCGUAGUAGACCUCUUACGCAGUGGGGGCUGCAACAGCGCAGAACGUUGGGAGUUCUUGCCCGGUGAAAUUUUUUACUUUGAGAAGUCAGUAAUUUUUUCGUGCGCCAACACUGUACAAGAGUGCACUCUGCUGCUUUUACUUGAAGGCACCGCAUCCGUUAUGCUUUCUUCCAGAGGUUUCAACCACCAACAAGUGUCUGACGCCCUCAAGGCCUUACACGAGUUUUUUCUCGAGUUACUUACUCAGGAUCUGAAGCUUAACACACUGAAGCAAUCGGUCAUCGACUUCCUUGAGACCAGACUCAGUGCAGGGCCUUUUGGCGAGUCCUCAACACAGAAGCCCAUCACUUCCAACACAUUGAGUGAUGCCGAGAAAAAUGUCUUGAAUACUACAAUCGAUAAAAUGACUGAUACUAAGAGCUCGCUUUACAUCACGUUUGAGCGGAAAGUUAUCCAUUACACAGAGUUAAUUCUUUCUUCGACUUUGCCAAGCUCAUUACCACCCAUGGGUCUUGUUACAAAUAUCCUCCAAGGACAAAUGGAGCUCCUAAGAAGUGCCUUAGCUUUCCAUUGGGAAGUGUACCGUCCAUACUAUCAAACAUUAAAGGAUUUUUUAGUGUUUGAACCAUAA